ACAAGGGUUGUCUAGAUAAUUUGCAGAAGUGACUCAAGUGAGUGACUAUAGCAGGAUGGCAAAUGAAGAGACGAGUUCAGCCACCGGACCAGCUCGUCGGAUUGUUCUUAUUUCGGCCGGUGCUAGUCACUCUGUUCUUCUUCUCUCUGGCCAUGUUGUUUGCUCUUGGGGACGAGGAGAGGAUGGACAGUUAGGCCAUGGAGAUGCUGAAGAUCGACUUUCCCCCACCCAAAUGAGUGCAUUAGAUGGUCAUGAAAUUGUCUCAGUUACAUGUGGAGCUGAUCAUACCAUUGCAUAUUCAGAAGCUCUGAUGCAAGCGUAUAGUUGGGGAUGGGGUGAUUUUGGAAGAUUAGGUCAUGGUAACUCCAGUGACUUGUUUACCCCUCAACCAAUCAAAGCUUUACAUGGUUUGAGGAUAAAGCAAAUCGCUUGUGGGGAUAGCCAUUGCUUGGCAGUCACUAUUGAGGGCGAGGUGCAGAGUUGGGGGAGAAAUCAAAAUGGCCAACUUGGUCUUGGUCAUACUGAGGACUCACUUGUGCCACAAAAAAUUAAAGCCUUUCAGGGAAUAUCUGUGAAAAUGAUUGCAGCUGGUGCUGAACAUACUGCUGCAGUCACAGAGGAUGGCAAGCUCUAUGGUUGGGGCUGGGGUCGAUACGGGAACUUGGGUUUAGGUGACAGAAAUGAUCGUUUGAUCCCUCAGCAUGUUUCUGCUGUUGAUGGACAGAAAAUGGUUCUGGUUGCAUGUGGAUGGCGGCAUACAAUAUCUGUUUCGUCUUCCGGGGUUUUAUAUACCUAUGGAUGGAGCAAAUAUGGUCAGCUGGGACAUGGCGACUUUGAGGAUCACCUUAUUCCUCAACGGUUGGAAGCUUUGCAUGAUGAUUUUAUUUCUCAGAUAUCUGGUGGUUGGCGCCACACCAUGGCAGUGACAUCUGAUGGAAGACUUUAUGGCUGGGGAUGGAAUAAGUUUGGACAGGUUGGUGUCGGUGAUAACGUUGACUACUGCUCUCCAGUGCAAGUGAAAUUUCCACAGGAACAGAAAGUAGUGCAAAUCUCUUGUGGAUGGAGGCACACACUUGCUGUGACAGAAGAACAGAACGUUUUUUCUUGGGGUAGGGGUACAAAUGGACAACUUGGACAUGGUGACUCUAUUGACCGAAAUAUUCCCAAGAUUAUAGAGACUUUAACUGUUGAUGGAUCUAGUUGUCGACAGAUAGAAUCAUCGAGGGUUGAAUCAUUAUCAGGCAAGACUUGGGUUUCACCAUCAGAGAGAUAUGCAAUUGUUCCAGACGAAACAAUGCAGGGGCAAACUGUGGUUCCAACCAAGGGCAAUGUCACUGAUGUAAGUGUGCCACAGACUGAUGGCAAACGGAUGCGAAUAUAAAUCCUUGACUUCCCCAAAAUGUUCAGAACUUUUGAUAUACGUGUUUGAGCUCCCAGCUUUUCAUGCUGCUGUGUACCUGCUGGAUGACAAUACUAAUGUUUCACAAUAUCUACAUCACUGUAAAUCCAUAAAACCCUACAGAACCGCAUGUUUAUUCCUUGUACUGUUGUAUUUAAAAAGACCUAAGUCCAUAAUUUUCUAAUCUAGCGGUUGAGUGCUAAUUCUAGUGUUGUUGC